CACCACCACCACCACCACCAAACAGCAGCUUUUUCGGCUGAGACCUUUUUUUCCUUCCUAUCCAAGAGCUGUUUUCUGGCCCUCUACCCGCAACCCCCUUUCCCUACCCUCUGGCUCGUUGUCGAGGCAGCCUGGUACCGGUUCUUGUCCUCUGCCAAUCCCAGAGAUAAACCGGCCUUUCCCUUCUUUUAUAUCCCUACCAUCGCAAUCUCCCGUUCCUCGUCCAUCCCUUCCCUCCUCCGAUCAACCGUGCCCGAGCCUGAACGGCAGCAAUUGGGGACCAGACGGCCUUUCACAACACAACACAACACAACACAACACAACACAGGAUAAUCCAGGGAACCACCGGUCUUUACAUGCUAUCCCGACGCGCCAUUAUUCACUCCUACACAUCUUCAUUCACCGCGCCUUCAUAAUUUUUCAUUGCCCUGCGAGAUCGCCUUUGCAAGCAGACCCACGCAGCAGUGCCAGCUAUCGCAAGGCCAGCAGCAGUCGCCAUGGACGCUAGACCCCAGCGUCUCAAAGUCCACAUCGGUGGCAACGAGAAUGCCAUCCCUUCGAAGCACGAUUCCCUUCAUCAGCAACACAAGUCAACAGGCAACAUCAUGUCUCGCAACGGCGGUGGUCUGCAGGCCGCUGCUAAACGGACCGCAUUCGGCGAUGUCAGCAACGUGACAAAAAAUCUCGCUGCUCUGCCUACCGACCAGCUGCCUAACAAGGGCAAGGGCGCCGCAGACUUUGCCUACAACAAGGAGAACGCCGUAAACGGCAAGGAUGGCUUCUCACGACCUGCUCAGCGGGUUCCAGCGCUGAGCGGCAAGAAUGGACCUGUGACCACAGAAUGGAAGCAGCCGAGAACCUCGGUCCGCAAUGAUUCACAGACGACGGUGACGCAGAACAAGCAGGUUGCAAAGAGAGCAUCCACGGCUCAGCUUUAUGAGUCUCGCCCGUCCAAGAGUAAAUACGUUGCUCAGGAUCCAGUUGUGCCCGCGGCCUCGAGCAAGCAACCUCGCCAUCACAAGUCUCAGCCUCAGCUUAAGAAGGAGCCUGCAGCGCAUGUUCUGCGACGUACGCAAAGCAAGUUGUCCACUGUACCGACAAACUCGGCCACUGCCGCCGAGACGUGGAAGCCGAUGGAUGAUGUGACGGAAGCCGCCUACGAGGACGCUGUCGAGCACAUUGGUGACGAGCAGUACAACGGUCCUUAUCACAGACGCUCACUGGACUUGGCAGACGAAGACAAUGACCUGCAGAAGGCCAUUGCCCUCCCUGAAGGAAAUGCCGAGAAGCAAGCUAUGGAGCAGCUUGCGGAAUCAGUGGGUGCUCCAACCAUGUCUGAGCCAGAGGAAUACUGGGACGAGGAAGAAGAGGAGGAGCUUUACGACGACCCGGGAUACACGACUGCUCACUCAUACCGGUCCCGAGGCGAUCUCACCACUGGCGGCGCAACCACUGUGCUCGCGCCUAAGAUUACCGACAAGGUCGAGCAAGAGUUGGAGACCGCCCGUGCCAUUGUCGAGAGUACCCGUACCCAAGAGGAGGUCGACGACGAGGUCUGGGAUGUCUGCAUGGUUGCAGAGUACGGAGAAGAUAUUUUCGAGUACAUGAGGGAGCUCGAGAUGAGAAUGUUGCCCGAUCCUCACUACAUGGACCACCAGGCCGAGAUACAGUGGUCCAUGCGCUCCGUCUUGAUGGAUUGGCUUGUUCAGGUCCAUCACCGAUUCGGUCUGCUGCCAGAGACCCUGUUCCUGACGGUCAACUACAUCGAUCGCUUUCUUUCAUACAAGGUUGUGUCGAUUGGAAAGCUCCAGCUUGUUGGUGCUACCGCAUUGCUCGUAGCCUCCAAGUACGAAGAGAUCAACUGCCCAUCGUUGCAGGAGAUCGUUUUCAUGGUGGACAAUGGCUACAAGGUGGACGAGAUCCUCAAGGCGGAGCGGUUCAUGCUCAGCAUGUUGAGCUUCGAGCUGGGUUUCCCUGGACCGAUGAGCUUCCUGCGCCGCGUCAGCAAGGCGGACGAUUAUGAUCUCGAGACGCGCACGUUGGCAAAGUAUUUCCUGGAGGUGACCAUCAUGGAUGAGCGUUUCGUUGCAAGCCCGCCCAGCUUCCUUGCCGCAGCUGCGCACUGCUUGUCUCGCCUGAUCCUGAAGAAGGGAGACUGGACUCCUGCGCAUGUCCAUUACUCUGGAUACACAUGGGGCCAGCUAAGGAACCUGGUUACCAUGAUCCUCGAGUGCUGCCACUCCCCGCGCAAGCAUCAUCUUGCCGUCUUCGAAAAGUACUCGGACAAGCGGUACAAGCGCGCUGCCGAGUAUGUCCAAACCGAAAUCAGCAAGGGCUUCACACUUCCGUACCGCCACUCCACCGGCCGGGCCUCCGCCCUCGACUUUGGCGAGCUUGAUGGCAACAUCAACCAGCCUCACCAUGUCAAGGCGAUGGUCGAGCUCCAGGGCUAGUGGGACAAUCGUGCUCGACCAACGGCUGCGCACCAUGCAGGAGACUUCGCAAAUAUGCGCCAACACGGUGCCCGGCUCGAUGCGACGCCAGUUCUCCUUUCCUAGAGAUGAUUGGCUGUGACGUCAAGUUUCACUUGGGCAGCUGUUAUAAUACGACGAUCGCAAGUACGGGCGGGCAAACAGGCCAGCCUACGGAUGCAACGACUGACUAAUUAAUGGCUUGCAACACUUUCUUGAGCAAUGUUUUGGACCGUCCCGGCGGUCCGUUGACGACACUGGACGACUUGAUGAUACCAUGACUGGUUUUCUAUCCAGCCUUUCAUUUUCAUUUUGGUUGGCCCCCGUCGAUUUGUCUUUUUUCUUCGUCU